AUGGCCAUAAAGGAAUAUUCGACAGGGAGGGAGCUAAAACUUAGGAUGUGGAGGAAGAUAUUUGUUUUGUUCUUUUUCCUUGAGAGAAUAACUGCGCUUGAGGCACCUGUGGACCUCGCUACGGUGGAUAUUUCAACCCACAGUUUAUCGGUAAUGUGGCGGAAUCUGGACGGGGAGGCUAACUGGUUUAAAGCGACGAUUUCACCGUUAGACGAAGGGGAAACCACCCAGGGUGUAAAGUAUAUCAACGAAAGCGUGGUCACGUGGGUUGAUCUUGUCCCCGGAAAAAAUUAUACGAUUUCUGUGGUGGCGAUAUCCGGCAACGGAAGAAUUAGUUUGGCAACACAGAUCGUGGCGAGCACAAAACCUAUGCCGCCAUACCGAGUGCGUCUCUCAAAGUUUGCGAAUCGGGCAUUAUCAGCACACAGUUUCGGCACCGGUCGCUUGAUGAUGUUUCCCGUAUACGGAGCAGUAGUGUAUUGGGACGGACCGGACUCGGGACAUUUUGAUGGUUAUGAGUUAACAGUAAACCCCCCGCAUGGAGUUGUACGAUACACGAGAGGUGAGAAAACUACGGAUAAAGGGUAA